AUGUCUACUACGAAGAAGCUAUUACUCAAAGUCUCAUCUGGCCAUGAUACCGAAAAUGAGGUGGUUCCUGUUAAUACUGGGAAGUUUGUAGAUAUCAAGUCUGAUAUUGGUCUUGCUUCGGUUAGUGUGUAUAUUCGCAAUUUUGACGGUAGCCAACUCCAUCAAGAUAACAGCCUUUACAAUGCGGGUGACAGCAAAUAUUUAAACGGUGAUGCCAGCAACAUUAGCAGCAAAGAUUCGUCAGGGUGUUUACCCAAUCUUCGGAUCAUUUUAAAACUUCAGCCAAGUCAGACGAUUUCGGGCUUGGACUUGCUUUUUGGAAAUGAUUGCACUACACCGAUUAGAGAUUAUGUUCCUACAACACUCCUUGCUACGGGACUCAAAUUCUUUUCUUGGUUUAUCAAUCCAACGAUACAGGCGGACAUUUACUGCGAGUCUCCAUACAUAUAUGCUCCUGCCUUAAACAGUUUCUCAACUAUCGGAAUAUCUGAUAGCUCAGAAGAUUUAGAGAGUCUUAUCGUGAACGAUGAAGAGAAUCUAGCUCUGAAAUCGAAUGAAUCCAUGAAGAUACCAAGGAAAAGAAAUGAGAGGAUAAAGCACUUUUGCAAAUUAUCGAAUUGCAAGCAAUUUCAGUUCCAAGAAGGAAUAGAAUACUUGUUUGUAUUUGACACUAAUUAUUUGCACUUGGGGGAUUCGAAUUACAACGUUGCAAUCCCAACGUUUGGAAAUCGGACAUUUGAUAUUAAUGUCCUUCGUUACGCUAAUAAUGAUUUGAAUAACUUUAAUUGGACAUUGAAGUCAGGAGGAAUUGAUGGAAUAGACAAAGGAACAAGUGGGCUAGUUCUAAACUUCUCUUUAGUGAACGAAAGCACCAAUUGA